AUGGUUGUAUUUUUAGGGAUCUCGGCCGCUAUAAAGUUUGAAAUGACGAAGUUUGGCAAUCCUACUAUAUCAUGGGGGAAUUAUCGGUUCAUCAAGAAGCUGACUCGUCGUAUGAAGACCUGGUGGGAGUGUACGGCCAGGAAGAGCAGCGGCUGCCGCUGCGUCGCUGUCACUGUGGACAAUCAGCCGAAGUUCGGACUUUCGCAGCGUGGCAAUCUCAUCGUACAAAUUGGGGACUGGCGUUUCAACAAACACGCUUGCUGGGGCUCGAAGGUCCGCUGGACUUGCAUCAAAAAGAAAUACGGUUGCACCGCUGCCAUCACCACCGUCGAUAACGUCAUUGUGAAAACCCUCGGAAAGCAUAAUCACUAA